AUGUUUUAUUUCUUUUUUAUUCUAAAUAUUUUUUAUGUGAACAGUGAAAAAGUUAAUAACACAACAAGAUUUGAUAGUUCAGAAUGUAAACUUACACAUUUUGGUACUGAAUAUGUAGGAUUUAAGAGUACAACAGCCGGAGGUGUUAGAUGCCAAGCAUGGAAUUCAAGAUAUCCGUUACAUAAGAUUGAUUCUUCAAUAAAAGAUGACGAUUUUCCUGAAAUGUCAAUGAGACAAGCGAAAAAUUAUUGUCGAAAUCCAACGAAAAAUUCUAAAGGUCCUUGGUGCUAUACAAUGGAUUCAUCACUUAUAACUGACGAAUGUGGCAUACCACUUUGCAAUUAUGGAGGUUUAAAAAUCAAUCAAUUAAAAAUUAAUUUACCCGCAUUUCUAUUUAUAGAAAUUAAUUUCUUUCAGAAUGUCGUAUAA